AUGUCGAACCAAAAGUUUGUGACAGACGAGUUGAAUCAACUCCAGAAGGAAAUCAUUGCUAAGAAUCCCCUUGACGUUUUACAGUUCUGUGCCAAUUACUUUAAUACUAAGCUUGAGCUCCAAAGAUCGCAAUUGUGGCCCCAACAAUCUAAGGCUAAAGCAGCAGGAAUUAACCUUUUCGCCAACAUUGACAACGUAGACGUGCACGUACACGGAUCUAGUGGAAAUAUGACAACGAACGGUCGCCAGCCCAGUUUCAAGUCGCCGUUCGGUGACAAUGACCCUCAUCUGCUCCAACAUUCCCACGCCGAUGAAAGACAAGAAAAGAAACCUUCCUUGUUCAAAGGCGGUUUUGAAGUGGGCAGUGACGGACCCGCACCUUCUACGGGCACCAAUGACCCUCUAGCAGCUGCACCAGCACCAACACAUUCCGGUGCAAAUGAGCCAGCAUCCUCUAAAGCCCCCACCAAGAUCCCGGUGGCUUUCAAUGCCAACCGUAGAGUAUCGGUGUCUGCCGAGGCGCUCAAUCCCGGAAAGUUCAAGAGCGAUUCGUGGAGACCACCAAUUAAUAACUUGAGCGCAUCUCAGAAAGAGGAUUUGGCCAAGACAUUGUCCAGUAACUUCUUGUUCCAGCAACUCGAUAGCUCUUCUAAGAAGACGGUGAUCGAGGCAUUGACAAAAAAGACAUUUGUGAAGAAUGAUGAGAUCAUUCGCCAAGGCGACGAAGGAGACUUUUUCUAUAUCGUGGAACUGGGAACCGUUGAUUUUUUCGUGAAUGGUUCCAAGGUCAAUUCAAGCAGCGAAGGUGCUUCGUUUGGAGAACUCGCUCUCAUGUACAACUCGCCAAGAGCCGCCACUGUAAUUGCUGCAUCUGACAAUGUCACUUGCUGGGCAUUGGAUCGUUUGACUUUCCGUCGUAUUCUCUUGGAGGGCACAUUUAAUCGUCGUUUGAUGUAUGAAGACUUCUUGAAAGACGUCAAGGUUCUCAAAUCACUCACCAAUCAAGAACGCCUGAAAUUGGCAGACGCACUCAGCACCGAAAUAUACCAUAAAGGCGACAAGAUCGUCACCCAAGGAGAUGUGGGAGAGAAUUUCUACUUUAUCGAACGCGGUGAAUGUGACGUGAUAAAAGAAGGUGAGGGAGUGGUUUCCAAAUUGGGCAAGGGUGAUUAUUUUGGGGAGGUGGCAUUAUUGAACGACUUACCCCGUCAAGCCACUGUCCAAGCUGUUGAUACGGUUGUGGUUGCCACUUUAGGCAAGCUGGGUUUUACCAGAUUAUUGGGUCCUGCUGUACAAGUAUUGAAGAGUCAGGACCCCACAAAGUAG